AUGUGGUUUAGAAAGGCCCCUCUGCAGAUUGUCCAUCCUUAUAACCUGACAUGUCCUGGCAAUGAAAACUCUUACUUUCAUGACUUUGACAUCCAUGUCUGUGAUAAGGAAUUUAAACUGAAGCUCUUUUGCUCAUCCUUUCCCAGCAUUUUGCUCUUGAUCAUCAUUCCCAUUGUAUACAGCAAGUUCUACUGGCGGAUCAAGUACAAUUACUUUCUCUUUGUUGCCUGGCUACAUGAACGAUGGAAGUCAGAAAAAGAACUCUAUAAAUAUGAUGCUUUUGUCUCUUACAAUACCCAUGAUGAGGAAUGGGUAUAUAAAAUGAUGCUAAAUAUGCUAGAGACCUCAGCUCUUGGUCUCUGCCUCCAUCACCGGGACUUCCAGCUUGGUAGAGACAUCAUAGACAAUAUUGUGGACAGUAUACACAACUGCCAUAAAACCAUUUGUGUUGUGAGCCGGAGCUACCUGCAGAGUGAGUGGUGCUCCCUAGAGAUGCAGCUCGCCAGCUACAAACUCUUUGAUGAGAUGAGGGAUGUCCUUGUACUUAUCUUAUUAGAUGAUAUCCCAGACAGAGAGCUUUCCACUUAUCACAGGAUGAGGAAGCUGAUGCUGAAGAAAACAUAUAUUACCUGGUCAGCUGAAUCUGAAGCACAAGAGUUGUUUUGGACUAAAGUUGAAGAGGCAGUGUUGGGCAGAAGGCCCUCAGAAGUUGUAGUGGGAGCAAAAAUUAGAAAGCUUAAUCAUUGUUCAGCUGAGGAGUACUAAGUGCUGAGAGUGGAUAGAUGAAGGCCAGUGCCUAACCCUGAGUAUGCAAUGCAGUCCUUUCCCACAUGAUAUUACCCACUCUGCUGCUGUAAACGCAACCUACUAUACCAAUAAUCUCACAGCCACAGAUGCCUUCCCAGAGGCUAUAAUUCCCACUGUUACUAUAGGCACCAUCUUUUCCUACUAUACCUGCUAUCCAACAGCCACAGU